AUGACCGAACCAAGUCAGUAUGGGAGACCAGGCCCAACCAUCGUACAAUGGCUCCUCGACACGCGACCUCUCUGGCCCGUCCCAAAGCAGGCUAGCUCAAAGGACGAGGUCGCUGAGCUUAAGAACGUAGCAUCUCAAGCUCUCUCAUUUCUUUCACCCUCUGAACAAGCCUCGGUGUUGAAAUACUACCACCUGAAAGAUGCAAAAAUGAGCCUGGCGUCUCACCUCUUAAAACAUCUUGUGAUCACCAAAUACUGCCAUGUUCCCUGGUCCAGUAGCACUCCCAUUAAAGAUGCGAACGGUAAACCCAUUUGGGCGCCUGCAAAUCCCAACCUUAUGGGUCAGGUCAAAAUUGGAUUCAAUGUCAGUCAUCAAGCUGGUCUCGUGUCCCUCAUUGCGGUAAUAGGGGGAGAAGGGAAGGAGGAGGUGGGUACGGAUAUUGUGUGUGUGAGUGAGAGAUUGGUGCAGGAUUAUCAGCAUAUUGAGAAACAGGGCUUCUUUGACUGGGUAGAUAUGCACGGAGAGGUGUUUUCGGAGAGUGAGGUAAGUUUUAUGAAGUUGGCGGCGGUGGAGUUGAAGUUGGGAGCAGGGUUGGAAUUGAUGGGUUUUGGGAAAGAUGCAUUGAGUAGAUGCCAGCGGAGGAAUAUGAAGCUCGAAGUGAAAGCGCUGAAGGGAGAAGAGAGGAAGGAAACUACGGUCACGAUUGACAGCAAUAUCGUUAUCGAGGCAAAAAGGAGACGAUUCUAUGCGAUGUGGUGCUUGCGAGAGGCAUAUGUCAAGAUGACCGGAGAAGCACUGCUGGCACCUUGGUUGAAGGAAUUGGAGAUUUUGGAUGUUCAAGUGCCAGCUGGAAACGAAGAUAUUCGGGACCCGAUAUCUCUUGAAAAAGGUCAAGUGAUCAAAGACUUCCGGAUCAUUUUCAAGGACAAACCGGUUACGAACGUCAAGAUGGAAUUGACGGCAUUGGGUACGGACUACAUGGUUGCUGCUGCCGCCAGACCAGCAACUGGUGCAGACAACCCAACUCUGGAAUUGGGAGACUGGAAGCUACUGGAUCUCGAAAAUGAUGUUUUGGCAUUCGGCCAGGUGAUAUACUAG